ACGACACGACUUGAAAGAUGUCUUUCCACUAUCGACCUGACAAUGCUUGGUAUUGGCUCAACAUUGGGACUGGGAGUUUAUAUAUUAGCCGGACAGGUAGCCAGCACUAAGGCAGGACCGUCGGUUACRUUAAGUUUUUUCAUAGCAGCCGUGGCCUCAGUUUUUGCUGGACUUUGUUAUGCCGAAUUUGGAGCAAGAGUACCGAAAUCUGGAUCAGCUUAUGUUUACUCUUAUAUAACUGUUGGAGAAUUUAUGGCAUUUAUUAUCGGAUGGAAUCUGAUUCUAGAGUAUGCUAUAGGAUCGGCAUCAAUAGCCAGGGGUUACAGUGGUUAUGUAGAUUCACUGGUGGGCUACAAAAUACAACAACAAUUYACAGAGUGGGCGCCUCUUAAUUUUGGUAUCUCUAAAUAUUUUGACUUUUUUGCAUUUGCUAUUGCUAUUUUAAUAUCAGCACUGUUAGCCAUAGGAGUAAAAAAGUCGACCCGAUUGAAUGCAGUGUUCACUGUAAUCAAUGUUUUGGGUGUCAUCUAUGCCAUCAUAUGUGGCUCCUUUAAAAUCGAUAUACAUAACUGGCAAUUGUCUAAAAGUGAAUUACCGCCAAAUAGUGCACCAAAUGAACAAGGAGGAUUUUUUGCAUUUGGUUUUAGUGGUUUGAUGGCAGGAGCAGCCACUUGUUUCUAUGGUUUCAUCGGGUUUGAUAUGAUAGCGACCACCGGUGAAGAAGUUAAAAAUCCUGCCCGUGCUAUACCUUUAAGCAUUAUAUAUUCAUUGCUAGUUAUAUUUGUAUGUUAUUGUGGUGUAUCGGCUAUUCAGACUCUAAUGGUUCCCUAUUAUGAACAAAACCAAAUGGCACCGUUACCAUAUGUUUUUAACAAAGUUGGCUAUCCGUUUGCCCAAUAUAUUUUAACUAUUGGUGCAAUGGCUGGUCUAUACUCAAGUUUAAUGGGAACUAUGUAUCCAUUGACUCGUAUAUUAUAUGCAAUGGGUAGCGACCGUAUGAUAUUUGGCUUCUUUAGCAAAGUUAAUGGCAAACUUAAGACCCCUCAUUGGGCCACAUUGUUUGCCGGCAUUUUCAGCGGUUUUAUGGCUGCAAUGUUUGAUUUCCAAGAGUUAGCAGAUAUGAUGUCUAUUGGUACAUUACUGGCCUAUGCGUUAGUCUCAAUCUCAGUGUUAAUACUCAGAUAUCAAAGAAGAAAGUUUAAAGACUCGCUAAUCAGUGACACAGAUAUUAACGAUAGGGAAACAUAUGAAGACAGAGAAUACCUACUCAUCUCUCAUAAUAAGACAUUAAUUAAACGACUUUUCAAUGUCGACAACAAUAUGAAACUAACAAAAGCAUCGGUUAGGAUGAGUCGAUACUUAAUUGUUAUUAUAUGUAUAUUAGUUUUCAUAUUAGCGGCACUGUUAGGUUUUUUGCCCAAUGAUUUAUAUCAACUAAAACUGUAUGCAUUGUUACCAGUAUUCGGCACAUUAUUACUACUAACUGUUCUAAUGAUUGGACUGAAACGUCAGCCACAGACUGAUGAAAAAAUGUCAUUUAAGAUACCGGGUGUUCCUGUCAUACCAGUGCUCAGUGUUUUUGUUAACAUUUAUCUAAUGAUACACUUGUCAAGCAUAACGUGGAUCCGAUUUGGCGUUUGGAUGGUCUUAGGAAUGUUAAUGUAUUUCUUUUACGGAAUUAACAACAACAAUAAAGAAGUCAAGAGACAGUUUCGAUAGAUUUGGUGACGAUUUGUGUCAAUUGAUUUUGUCAUUUGUGUCAUUAGAUGAUUGUUUUCGCUAUGAAUGUGUCUCAAAGCAGUUCCAGAGUUUUAUCUUUAAGACACAGACAGAGUUGGUAUUUAAUGAAACAUCCAAUUUGUUGAUGAGUAAGAUAUAUAAUAUCGGAACUACUAAUUGCUAUACAAUCACUAAUAUAUUGAAGAAGUGUCCAAACAUUGCAAGCAUUUACUUAUUAUCAUUGAAUAGUUGUGUUAAAUCUCCGGUCAAUGAGUUGUUUGUGUCAAUUGGCGAACACUGCCAUCAUUUAAGACAUUUAACCGUUAAUAUUGAUUCAAAUAUAUUUGAAAAUAUUAGUAAACAAGUUAUGGACGAGUUUUUCGCAAAAUUCAAUCAACGACUCACUUCUUGUAAACUGGUGUUUGGCAGCUAUAGUGCCACCCAAAGAGUCAACCGAUCCAUUGAUAACAAUAUAAAACAAUUGUCAAAUCUCCAGAAGUUGGACAUACAAUGUCUGACUUAUUUGUAUUCAUCCGGCAUUUUUCAAAUCUGUUUGAACAGCAAUGAAGUGAUGUAUUCAAAGUUAACUCAUUUAAAAUUAACGUAUUGUUCACAACAUAAGAAUCUAUUGGAUCAGUUCGCUAGACAUUAUGGACCAAAAUUAAAGUCAUUGUCGAUACUUAUUGCUAAAGAUUGUAAUAUUGAUAAACAAUCGAUUGAUUUGUUGACCACAGCAUUGUCUGACAUGACAUCUCUAAACAAGUUUGAUAUCGAUUACAGUAAUCUCAGUAAUAUUGACUUCACGUCAAAUAUUUUAAGUCAAUUGACAACAAUUGCCGUCAAUUGUAAGGACUUGAAGCUGUUGUCCAUAAAAUUUAUAUGCAAUAUGUCAUUGUUUAACAAAAUAUUUGUCAUAAUCAAUGACCACAUGAGACAAUUGACUUAUUUGUCGAUAACAAUGCUUUACUCGUUUGGCUAUAAAAGUAGAGAGUUGUGUCCGUACAGGUUCUCAAAAUUGAAACAAUUGACAAAAAUUGUAGUCAACGGUCAGGUUAUUAG